CGACCAUGGCUGAUGUGUUUGAAGAGGAUGAGGAGGACGAGGCCAAGGCCGCUAAGAAAGACGAGGGCUCCAGCUCUGUCAAGGGCGAUGGGCCAGCUCAUGACGUCGGCGCGGCGAGCAUAGACAUCAGGGUCACUGCCCGACGUACCACGCUCGCCUUGUGA